AUGAGCGAGCACCAACCGCCGCACCCCCACCCAAAGGGGAUGCCGAGUUUCUGGCGAAGCACACCUGGUGUUCUUGACAACCACCGCUCGACCGAGAAUCUCCCAACGACUGCCGACAUAGUAAUCGUUGGUGCCGGCUACAGCGGUGCUUCAAUUGUCACACAGCUACUCCGUCAUCCCAGCUACCCCGUCAAGAAGCCAUCGAUUCUUAUCCUUGAAUCCCGGCAACUCUGCUCAGGGGCCACCGGACGCAACGGUGGGCACUUGAAGCCUGACUCGUACGCCUUCAUCGCCAAACUCGCCCAGGAGUACGGCCUGAAGGCUGCUGCUGAGGUUGCAGACUUUGAAUCCGCCAACGUCGCUGCCGUGACAGAGUUCAUCCGUCAAGAGAAGAUCGACUGCGACUUUGUGGUUACCAGGGCCAUCGAUGUGCAGCUCUCCGAGGGACAGCAUCGUCGUCUCAGAGAAGGCUACGAGAAUCUUGUGGAGGCGGGCAUCCAAUCAACAAGAGCGACAUUCUGUGCUCCUGAGCAACAUGCAGAGAGGCUCUCCGGUGUGAAAGGCGCCAAGGGCAUGUUCAGUUACACUGCUGGGCAUGUAUGGCCGUACAAGCUCAUCCAUCAUCUCUUCGCGGACGCCAUUGGGCAGGGAGUCAACGUCCAGACCAACACUUCUGCUACCUCCAUUUCUCGCCGCCAGAAGCAAGGCGAGGCAUGGGUAAUCGAGACUCCCCGUGGAAAAGUCCACGCCAAGCAGGUCAUCAUGGCCACUAAUGCCUACACUGGAUCACUGCUUCCCGAAUACGCCGACAAAAUCAUUCCAUACCGAGGAGCUGUCGCCCAUAUCAAGACCCCAGGAACGGCUCCAUUCCUCCCCAACACGUACUCCCUCCGUUUCGCCGACUGGGACUUUGACUAUCUCAUUCCAAGGCCAGACGGAAGCAUCAUAGUCGGCGGUGCACGACAAGCAUACUUGGGCGAUAAGAAGCAGUGGUAUGCCAAUGUCGAUGAUGGCCAUGUCAUUGAGGAAACUCGCAAAUACUUUGAUGGGUAUAUGCAGAGACACUUUAUCGGAUGGGAAGAUAGUGAAGCCUAUGUAGCAGACCUUUGGACUGGAAUCAUGGGAUACUCAUCAGACCGCCUUCCGAGAGUAGGACCCAUCCCGAAGCGCCAGGGCAUGUUCAUUAUGGCAGGAUUCACAGGACACGGGAUGCCGCAAGUGUUCCUAUGCGCCAAGGGGAUAGCUGACAUGGUUCUUGACGGAGCUUCAUUUGGGAACUCAGGUCUGCCCUCUCUUUUUGAAGAAACGCAGACAAGGUUAUCAGACCCGAGGAACAUGGUCAAGGAGAUUUAUAAUUCUGCCUUUCCACAGGCAAAGCUAUGA